UGUGAUUGACCGCAUGGUGUGCCCAUCAAAAUAAAGUCAGUACUUUUUGUAUAUUGUACAAUCUUCGUUCGGAGGGGGUCCAGGCUCAGUGUUACAGGGGCCCUGUUGCCCCCCUCCCCCCAGAAGUGUUAUCCAUAAAAUGUAAGCAUUACACAUAACCUGCCACAUUUUACAAAACAAUUAGUAUUUAGAUUAUACUAAUUAGAUGGAGUGUUUCCUUCCAUCAAUGUCCCAGAUAAGAACAUCUUAUUGAUACUAAAUCUUUAUUUUUUAUUUUUUACAUGAAGUCAUGAAACAAAUGCAGCUCCUCUCUUUGGCGCAAGAGAGCAGCAUAACGCGUUUUUAAAAUCCAGAUGAAGUUUGUCCUGUACGCCUUGCUGUAGUUGCCGGGUGUUGGAGGUCGGACAUACCCAUGAAACAUCCACUGCGAAAUGCUAUACAAGCGCCGAAAAGAGUGUGAUUAACAUGAAAUUACGGAGACAUGUGUCACACACUACUCUUUAAAUUGUGUUUACUCCCGAGCUGAUUAGUCGCAAGUUGAUAAGAAGCGCGUAGAAAACACGUAGGAGAAGCGUAAACUGUCUGUCCGUUUUGUCCUACAAAGGCGCCGAGAGUUUGACAGGACUUCACUGCGCAGGCCUGGCGUUGGGUAAACUGCUGGAGGAGGACGACAUCCAAAGGACUACAUGAGACAAUAAAGACUGUCCUUUCUGUUGAGGGAAGCAAGAUAAAACAUGAGAAAGGACGUGAGGAUACUACUUGUAGGGGAACCCAAGGUGGGGAAGACAUCGCUGAUCAUGUCUCUGGUCAGUGAGGAGUUUCCUGAUGAGGUUCCUCUCCGAGCUGAGGAGAUCACCAUCCCAGCUGAUGUCACCCCAGAGAGGGUGCCCACACACAUUGUGGAUUAUUCAGAGGCAGAACAGUCAGACGAGCAGCUGUACCAAGAAAUAUCAAAGGCAAAUGUUAUCUGCAUAGUUUACUCGGUCAACAACAAGAAGUCCAUUGAAAAGGUGACAAGCCACUGGAUUCCCCUCAUAAAUGACAGAACGGACAAGGAUAGCAGGGUACCACUGAUCCUUGUGGGGAACAAGUCGGACCUGGUGGAACACAGCAGCAUGGAGACCAUCCUCCCAAUCAUGAAUCAAUACCAGGAUAUCGAGACCUGUGUAGAGUGCUCCGCCAAAAACUUGAAGAACAUCUCUGAGCUUUUCUACUAUGCCCAGAAGGCUGUUCUCCACCCGACAGGACCCCUGUACUGCCCAGAGGAGAAGGAGUUGAAGCCUUCUUGCAUCAAGUCUUUAACUAGAAUCUUCAAAGUGUCUGACCUGGACAACGACGGCAUCCUUAAUGACAACGAGCUCAACUUCUUCCAGAGAACAUGUUUCAAUACACCGCUGGCGCCUCAGGCCUUAGAGGAUGUAAAGAAUGUGGUCAGGAGGAACAUGACGGAUGGAGUCAAGGACAACGGACUUUCACUCAAAGGCUUCCUGUUCCUGCACACCCUCUUCAUACAGCGAGGCCGACACGAGACCACCUGGACUGUGCUGAGGAGGUUUGGUUACGACGAUGACCUGGAGCUCACACAGGAAUACCUGUUCCCCAUGAUAAAGAUCACCCCAGACUGCACCACAGAGCUUAAUCACAACGCUUACCUCUUUCUCCAGAGUGUCUUUGACAAACAUGACAAAGACAGAGAUUGUGCGCUGUCGCCAGAAGAGGUGAAGGACUUGUUCAAAGUGUUUCCCUACAUGCCCUGGGGUCCGGAUGUCAACCACACGGUUUGCACUAACGAACAGGGAUGGAUCACAUACCAGGGAUACCUCUCCCAGUGGACGUUAACAACGUAUCUAGAUGUUCAGCGUAGUUUGGAGUACUUAGGUUAUCUUGGCUACUCUAUCAUCUAUGAACAGGAAUCCCAAGCUGCUGCCAUUACAGUGACACGUAACAAGCGCAUCGAUCUGCAGAAGAAACAGACCCAGCGCAGCGUCUUCCGUUGCAACGUCUUGGGGGCCCGAGGCAGCGGCAAGAGUGGCUUCCUCCAAGCUUUCCUGGGCAGGAACCUGCAGAAACAGAGGCGGAUUAGAGAAGACCACAAGUCCUUCUAUGCCAUCAGCACAACUUAUGUUUAUGGUCAGGAGAAGUACCUGCUGCUCCAUGAGGUGAUGCCAGAUUUUGACUUCCUGUCAGAGGCGGACCUCGCCUGUGAUGUGGUCUGCCUGGUGUAUGACAUCAACGAUCCACGCUCUUUUGAAUACUGCGCCAAAGUAUACAAGCAAUACUUCAUAGAUAGCAAGACGCCAUGCGUGGUGCUUGCCGCCAAGUCGGACCUGCAUGAAGUACGGCAGCACUACAGCCUCUCACCACACGAGUUCUGCCGUAAACACAAGAUCCACCCACCCCAGCCGUACACAUGCAGCACGACCGAUGUACCCAGCAAAGACAUCUACACUAGACUCACCACCAUGGCUAUGUAUCCCCACGCCCGUCUCCGCUGCAUGUGCGCCUGCAACAGGUGCACCUAUUGCCUGUGUCAGAACCUCCUCAAGUUGGAGCUGCUGCGCAGUAUUAAGGCCCAACUCUGCAGGGUCGUUUUCAACAGGCACAUGGCUCAGGCAGACCUGAAAAACUCCACCUUCUGGCUGAGAGCGAGCGUCGGUGCCACGGUGUUUGCCGUGCUGGGCUUUGCCAUGUACAGGGCACUUCUCAAACAGCGGUGAUCAGAGAGCAUGAGACGGCUACUUCCUCCCCACGGUCCUUCUGUUGACUCUGCCCCUUCCCUCUUACCUGAAAGACUCAAAAAGACUGGCUGACUAACUAACCGGGCCCUCAACUCCACCUCAUCCUCUUCCCACAAUGCAACACAAGCAAGAAACAAAUGAGCAAAAUCAUAGGUACAUUUUAUAUGCAUUAAAAAAAUGAAGUGUGGUUUAGUUUAUUUUGUUAAUGUUGUGGGGAAAGGGGCAUGCUACUUUUGAGAUCACUUGUACAUCAUUCAAUUUGUAAAUGCUGACAUUCUGUGAUCUAUUGGUCUAGUCUGACUCUACUAGUCACUGGAUGUUUUCAGCUGAUCCAGUCCUUUUUUUCUCAGGUCAGUAUUAUUAGUUAGAUGGUUGGAGACCAGAGAGAGGCAGCCAUAUUCAGCAACACCACAAAGGGACUUGAAUCUGUUAAUAGAUGUGUAUAUGCAGUAUAUUAUGUAUGUACUUUUUAGAAUUGGACCCAUAGACCGCAUAACAAGCUCCUACAGGAGGUGGGAGUGAUACAUCUAACAAUAGAAAGGUCAUGAUUGGCAUGCACUUGUUUAUUUUGUGUGUUUAUUUAUUAACCUGUUUCUUUAUUUUUCUUGUCUGUUUUGAGUGCACCGCAUGAAACAGAUGGAGGAAUUUACAUUUCCCAUGUAUUUUUGUAUUUAGUAUUAUCAAAGCAGUCCUUAUGGUGUAUCAUGAUUUUCUGGUUUUCAAAUAGAGCUUUGUCCCACAUGUUAUAUUUUUAUGAAGUUAGAGGCACCAUAGAUCAACAGAUUAUGCUAUUAACAACAGCCAUUCAGCGCACCUCUCCCACCUUAAAACUAUUAAAGUGUUUCUUCUCUUUUCCAGCAUUUACAAUAAAGAAUUGUAUGAUCUGGCUCAGUCGUGUAUGUGUGUUAUUGGGGUGAAACGACAGCUCAUUUAAAAGCAGCGAGUAAAAUAAAAUGGUUUUAAAUAUCUGUAAUAAAGUAAAUUUACACCCA